UGCUUGACAUAGCCUCUCCUCGCGCUCUCCAGUGAAGCAGUCUUGUGUCGCGCCUCCCCCGCGCCUGGCUAACCUCUUAUCCUCGUUGAGUCCCGUCUCGUCUCGUCCCGUCUGCCGCCAUGUCCUCCCCGCCCUCCACCAAGCGCAGCUUGAAGCCAUCGCCAAUGACCACCAACCUGCCUCCGACAGCUCGUCCUGCUGCACCUGCCGACCUGCCCACUCUACACCCGGCCGCCCCGUUGACUGCCCCGGCUCAAGACACCCAUCUCGGCCCUCAGCAGCCACUUCCUUCUCCCACCAGCCGGAAGCGCAAGUCGGUCACACUCGGACACUCGCACGAGCCCAUGGCCGGUGCGACAGAAAGCAGUGUAGAAACCCACGCAACCAGUGCAGCAUUACCCCCGCCCCCUCAACCAGACGUUGUCCAGGAACCAAAGGCCAAAAAGAGUCGUACCAACACACCAUGGACCCCAGCCGAAGAAUUGCGACUCAAGCAAAUGAGAGAUGCGGGCAACAGCUGGAGUGAGAUUGCAAAGACGUUUCCGCAGCGAACCGAAGGAAGUGUGAAGAAGCAUUGGUACAAGGACAUGCACUACGCAGAGUUCGCAGAGGAUGAAAGCGCCGCGCUGCUUGCCGCCAUCAAGGAGUACGAUGCCAACAAGUGGAAAGUCAUUGGGCAGAAGGUCGGCAAACCUGCAAAAGCAUGCGAGCAAUACGCAAAGGAGAACUUUGGUGGCAAGUAUUGAUGGACCCAUGCCCACCAUCCGUCUGCAUGUUCCCGCUUGCUCGUACGAUGCGCCAGGUUCAUGACGAUACUACCAGCUCUCUUUUCCUCUCAAUCUAGCUCGGCCUGCACACAGCCGAGUCAGCCAUCCGUCCGUCCUGCUUGGUGUUUCCGCACUCUGUUUCCUGGCCAGUGGCGUACUCGAGGAUUCCUUCGUCUUUGAUGAUUUACACAAUGCUUGGGUGUUUUCGGGACAACGU